AUGGUUGUUCCAUGCAAGAUGAUCGCAUCAGGUGUUGAUACACUCAGUAUUCCGGUCAUCGACCUGGAGCCGGCUCGGACGGGUACACCCGAGGAAGCAGCCCAGGUUGCAAAAGAUGUUUACGAGGCUUUCAAACACAUCGGCUUUGCCUACAUUAAAAACCAUGGAGUUCCGCAGGAGCUCAUAGAUGAAGCAUUCAGCUGGAGCCAGAAAUUCUUUGCUCUACCCCAAAGCGAAAAGGAUAAAGCACCACAUCCUCCGGUCGGCUGGUACCACCGAGGGUACUCAGGAAUCGGCCGUGAGAAAGUCGUGCAAAUGAUCUAUGACGAGGAAGGCAUUGCCGAGAAACGCAAAGUGCCGGACGUCAAGGAGUCAUUCGAGAUUGGUAAUGAGAAUGACGAGCGCAUGCCAAACAUCUGGGUCCCCGAUGAAGUUCUUCCUGGAUUCCGCGAUUUCUUUACCAAAUUCUUCGAGGCGUGCUACACCAUUGAGCAGCUUAUGUUGAAAACAAUCGCUAUUGGGAUGGGUUUAGAUGAGAACUUCUUUCUCGAUUAUCAUCGGGAUAAAACUAAUCAAUGUCGUCUACUCCAUUAUCCGCCGGUGGAAGAGGAGCUACUGAGACUCGGAAAGGCGGAAAGAAUCGCAGCCCACUCUGAUUUUGGCACAAUGACCAUUCUAUUUCAAGAUGAGGUCGGUGGCCUGGAAGUUGAGGAUAUCCAUGAGAAGGGCACGUUCAACCCUGCGCCAUACAUUUCUGGAACGGCGGUCGUCAACAUUGGGGAUCUUUUGAUGCGCUGGAGUAAUGAUGAACUAAAAUCGACUCUUCAUCGCGUCCGUGCUCCGCCGCUGGCCACCUCUGGCAAUAGUUUCAGCGGUCGGAUGACUCGACCUCGAUAUUCAAUUCCAUAUUUCAUCAGCCCGGAUCGAGAAAGGCUUAUUGAUUGUCUACCGGGUUGUCACGGACCGGAUCGUCCCAAGAAAUAUGACCCGAUCACUAGCAAGGAUUAUAUUUCAAUGCGCAUGAACGCAACGUAUUGA